UGGGACAUUCAUGAACAGUAAAGCUAAAUUGAUUAAAGUUCAUGUGUCCUACAUCCUCAGUGCUGAGCCUCACUUUUUGUAAGCGAAUUGCGGAAAGGUGGUGUACUAGCAAGCAAUGUAUUUCCCAACAGCAAGCCAAGGGGGUGUUGGUGGAGCGAUAAUAGAUAAACUGCCUAGUGACUGAAUUAAUAUAUUGUUCAUAAUGUUUGGCAGCCCUUUUUAAUGGCAUGUGUUUACAGAUAGUUUGCUGUUUUACAAACUCCCUUUUUCAUAAACAGCUCUUCUAUUUUUAGCUUCUUAUCAGGCUGGGUGACUUGCAACCCUAGUAAGGAGAAGAUAGAGGAAGAGCUUUAGAAUAAAGCUGCUUUCAGUAACCAUCCUGUUCUAUGUAAGUCUGCAGUCUUACAAAGCAUGUGAUGAUGACAUUGUAGACCUGUUCAUUGACGAUCUGGGCUUCCUUAGGUAAUGCUUUAUGUUGCUGACUUAGCCACUUUCCAGUUGAAUCUUAGCCCAGGUACAAUAUUUGCUCUUGGAGGGGGAUUAAUUCUUGAAAUCCUGGAAGGACGCAACUAGAGACGUGCUUUCAAAUCCCCUACAAAUUGUCUUCCUUCUUUGCUAAGAGGUUAGUGAUUUUCUCUGGUUGAGGGGAAGAAGCAUAGGACUUUUCAACUGCGUGGAAAAUUCAUCUUUCUUCAGUGGUUUAAGAGUUCACGACUUUGUCCUGUGGCAGCUCCUGUGGCGUUGGGAACACAGCAAGGAGCGUUUGGGGCAGAAAAGCUUCAUUCAUCCACAGUAACAUACCCAUCCUUGGCCAUGAGCUGCCCUGAGUCUCAAAAGACAGGGAAGAAUGCCAGUUCCCCUCAAAAACAAGUUAUCUUCAAAAAAAGCACCCGUGACAAAGCUCUGACCAUCUACUUGGGAAAGCGUGACUUUGUUGACAACAUGGGGAAUGUGGAACCUGUGGAUGGUGUUGUAUUGGUGGAUCCUGCAAUAAUCAAGGGGAAAAAAGUGUACGUGACCCUGACCUGUGCUUUCCGGUAUGGCCAGGAAGACAUUGAUGUGAUUGGCCUCACCUUCCGACGGGACCUGUUCUUCUCUAGGGUCCAGCUGUACCCACCUGCUGACAAGCCAGACUCUCUCACCCACUUGCAGGAAUCUCUGUUAAAGAAGCUGGGGAAAAAUGCCUAUCCCUUUUUCUUUACAUUCCCAGAUUACCUGCCUUGUUCAGUCUGUUUGCAGCCUGCACCUCGUGAUGUUGAUAAGAGCUGUGGGGUGGACUUUGAGGUGAAAGCUUUCUCAACAGAGAAUGUGGAAGAGAGAAUUCAUAAGAGGAACUCUGCACGCCUAUUGAUCCGAAAGGUGCAAUAUGCUCCAGAACAGCCAGGACCCCAACCUUGCGCGGAGACCACAUGGCAAUUCUUCAUGUCCAACAAGCCAUUACACUUGAAAGCUUGCCUCAGUAAAGAGGUGUACUACCAUGGCGAGCCCAUUCCAGUCACUAUCACAGUAAACAACAACACAGAGAAAACAGUGAAGAAGAUCAAAGUCCAGGUGGAGCAGGUUGCCAAUGUGGUUUUGUACUCCAGUGAUUACUAUACAAAAGUGGUAGCUGCUGAGGAAGCACAGGAGAAGGUGCAGCCAAACAGCAGCCUGACCAAGACACUGACAGUUUUGCCCUUGCUAGCAAAUAACCGGCAGACCCGGGAAAUAGCCCUGGAUGGAAAGCUAAAGGAUGAGGACACCAACUUGGCUUCUAGUACCAUUAUUAAGGAUGGAAUAGACAAGACAGUGAUGGGGAUUCUCGUUUCCUACAAGGUCCGAGUGAAGCUCACUGUUUCAGGUAUGCUGGGAGACUUCACCUCCAGUGAAGUGGGCACAGAGCUGCCGUUUCGUCUCAUGCACCCCAAACCUGAGGAAAAGAACCCAGCAGGGAAGGACGGUGAUGCAGAGAUGGUAUUUGAGGAGUUUGCUCGUCAACAGCUAAAAGAUAUGCCUGAUGAUGAAGAAAACAAGAAUAUUUCCUCAACUGAUGAGUGAUGAAAACAGCAAGCUGCUAGAGAAGCUGUAUAGUCUGACAUUGUUUAGAAAUUUAGGACCUGGUUUCUUGGUGAACUGCAUGUUCUGAGUGUAUACAUUGUCUUUCAAGCAUCAGUAGACAUAAAAACAUGAAUCUCUGUUGCUAACUAAAAGUUUUAGCUCCAUAAAAAUGUAGUAACCUCAAUACUCACUGCUUGCUCUAGUUACCAGAGGAGGGCAGGAAAGCUGCUCUGCCGUUUCAUCUGCUUCAGUGGCACCUAACAAAAUGGUGGUUACUUUCACCACUGAUGAGGGCUUAAAUGAUGGCUUGUGCAGCCUGCUUACACUUAGCUGGGGUCACAGAGUCUCUGCUUUUGAAGUGCUAGCGAACUAAGUUCUAGUUUGAAUGGCUGGCUUGCUGCCUGUGACUUGAAGUUCCUCAGUGGACUAUGCAAAAUUGAUUUUAUUUCCUUUUGUUUGCUUUUGCAUUUUUCCUUUACCAAACUCAUCUAGUUGAUAUUUUCAGUGCUUGCACUGUCCCCACGUAUUGCUUAUAUCCAUUUGCUCUAGCAUUAAAUGUCUUGCAAGUCAUCUUUCACAGCAACUGUAAUGCUGAGAUACUGUUAGCUUUUUUGCAAUAUUUUUAAUAGUUAUAUUAUUAAAGAUCAGAGAAAUGUACAUUGUACAUGAUUUUCUUAACAAAGAUCCCUAUAUACAACCCCAAACAGAGAACUGGUAGUCUAGACUAAUGCUAUAUAUAAUCUAGUUUCCUGUAUGCAGCAGUACUUCAGAAGAAGGUACAAUAAAAUUAAGGAGAAAAACACAGGGCAGCCUGCCCUGAGGAGGCCUUCUCUACAUCCAUCUGCCAGAGAUCAGUUUGUGCUCUAAGAAAUAAGAUUGUACUGUGAAAAAUAUUGGUGUCUCUUGUUGAUCUGGAUAUUCUCAUUAUCUGUGUAAACGUCUAAUCCUUACCCAAGUCUCACAUAGACCUUUGCUGAAGUGAGUUGCAUCAGCUAAUUACAUGUUGUGUGUAAAAAGA